UUUUGGAUUAAUCAGCGUAAUCAUCUUUCCAGCAGAAGUUAUCAUGAAGUACCUAGCCCUGACCCUUUUUGUGUGCCUUCUGGCCAUUGUUCUUGUGUCUGCGGUGCCCGUGGAUGAGUCCUUGAUCGGGGACAACAUCUACCAGCCGGCCUUCGACGAUGUCCAGCGUCCCCAGGAUCCGCAGGCCAUCUUCAAGCUGAAGAAGCUGCUCAAGCUGAAGAAGCUUCUGGGUUAGAAGGCAUUUGCCAGCAGUCCGCUAAGCUCAAAUCAAAAUCUAGUCCACCAAUGGGGAACCUUGCCGCCCACACUGCAUUCGAUUUUCAACGCCGUUUUGUUUAGACAAUAACAUUAGUACACACACACGCACAUACAUACGAGUAAAGUAUAC